CCCCAAAAGCCAUAGAGCCAUCAUCUUUGACAACCCCCAACACUCUCUCCUCCUUAUUUAAACCCCCACCAUUCUCCUUCCACUUCCCAGGAAAUCCUUACUACCCAUAAAGACCUUUGAUUUCCUCUCUCUAAACUCUCUCUCUCUCUCUAGCUCCAACAUCUCCAUAUUAUAUAUACACACACAACUCUUAAAGCACUUCCCACACAAAUGGAGACGGUUGUGAGCAAGCAAAACGGGCACGUGCAAAACGGCGUGUCGCUGGAGGGAAUCUGCACGAGCAGCGGCAACAAUGGGGGCGUCGUUUCCGGCGACGCACUGAACUGGGGAGCGGCGGCGGAGGCGAUGAAGGGGAGCCACUUGGAGGAGGUGAAGAGGAUGGUGGAGGAGUACCGUAAGCCGGCGGUGAACCUCGGAGGGGAGACUUUGACGAUAUCGCAGGUGGCGGCGAUCGCCUCGCACGACUGCGGCGUCAAGGUGGAGCUGUCGGAGGCCGCCCGGGAAGGCGUCAAGGCCAGCAGUGAUUGGGUUAUGGAGAGCAUGAGCAAGGGCACUGACAGCUAUGGUGUCACCACUGGCUUUGGCGCCACCUCCCACAGGAGGACCAAGCAAGGCGGUGCUCUUCAAAAGGAGCUCAUUAGAUUCUUGAAUGUUGGAAUAUUUGGCAAUGGAACAGAAUCAUGUCACACACUACCCCACACAGCAACAAGAUCAGCCCUAUUGGUUAGGAUCAACACCCUCCUCCAAGGCUACUCAGGCAUUAGAUUUGAGAUUUUGGAGGCCAUGACAAAACUUCUCAACAGCAAUGUCACCCCAUGCUUGCCGUUGCGCGGCACAGUCACUGCCUCGGGGGACCUUGUCCCAUUGUCCUACAUCGCGGGGUUGCUCACCGGCAGGCCUAAUUCGAAGGCUGUGGGCCCCAACGGGGAAUCCCUUACCGCCACCCAAGCCUUUAAGGUCGCGGGGAUCAACUCGGGGUUCUUUGAGCUGCAGCCAAAAGAAGGCCUUGCUUUGGUCAAUGGUACCGCUGUUGGUUCAGGCUUGGCCUCCAUGGUGCUUUUCGAUGCCAACAUUCUUUCCGUGUUGUCGGAGAUCUUGUCGGCCAUUUUCGCGGAAGUCAUGCAGGGUAAGCCCGAGUUCACCGACCACUUGACGCACAAGUUGAAGCACCACCCUGGUCAAAUUGAGGCUGCAGCCAUUAUGGAACACAUUUUGGAUGGCAGCUCUUACAUGAAGGCUGCAAAGAAGUUGCAUGAGAUUGACCCUCUUCAGAAGCCAAAACAAGACCGCUAUGCUCUUAGGACAUCACCACAAUGGCUUGGACCCCAAAUUGAAGUGAUCAGAUUCUCAACUAAGUCCAUUGAGAGGGAGAUCAACUCGGUGAACGACAACCCGCUGAUCGACGUCUCGAGGAACAAGGCCUUGCACGGCGGCAACUUCCAAGGGACCCCAAUUGGAGUUUCCAUGGACAACACACGUUUGGCCAUUGCCUCAAUUGGGAAGCUCAUGUUUGCACAAUUCUCUGAGCUUGUCAAUGACUUUUACAACAAUGGAUUGCCUUCGAACCUCUCCGGUGGCAGGAACCCGAGCUUGGAUUAUGGCUUUAAAGGCGCUGAGAUUGCCAUGGCUUCUUAUUGCUCUGAGCUCCAAUACCUUGCCAACCCUGUCACUAGCCAUGUCCAAAGCGCUGAGCAACACAACCAAGAUGUGAACUCUUUGGGAUUGAUCUCUUCGCGCAAAACCGCGGAGUCAAUUGACAUUCUCAAGCUCAUGUCCACCACAUUCUUGGUGGGUCUAUGCCAAGCCAUUGACUUGAGGCACUUGGAGGAGAAUUUGAAGCACACGGUUAAGAACACCGUGAGCCAAGUGGUGAAGAGAGUGCUAACAACUGGCGUAAACGGAGAGCUUAACCCGUCGAGGUUCUGCGAGAAGGAUCUCCUCAAAGUGGUGGACAGGGAAUAUGUCUAUACCUACAUUGAUGACCCCUGCAGUGCUACCUACCCGUUGAUGCAAACAUUGAGGCAAGUACUCGUCGAGCACGCACUGACAAACGGUGAAAGCGAGAAGAACACGAGCACCUCAAUCUUCCAAAAGAUUGCAGCCUUUGAGGAGGAGCUGAAAUCCCUUUUGCCUAAGGAGGUGGAGAGCGCAAGGAUCGCUUAUGAGAACGGGAACGCCGCGAUUUCGAACAAGAUCACCGAGUGCCGGUCUUACCCCUUGUACAAGUUUGUGAGGGAGGAGUUGGGGACUAGUUUGCUAACAGGUGAGAAAGUUAGAUCACCAGGGGAGGAAUUUGACAAGGUUUAUACUGCCAUGUGCCAAGGCAAGCUUAUUGAUCCAAUGUUGGAGUGCCUUAGUGGCUGGAAUGGUGAACCUCUUCCAAUCUGUUAGUGUUGUUUUUUUUUUAUUCCUUUUUUUCUUUUGGGGCUGAAUUUGAAUGUUGGUCUUAAUCAUAUUUGUAUGUGUUCUUAAAAAUGUUGAUGGAGAUUGUCAACAAAGUGUGUGACUCAUGAAGUGUUGUAAAACCAAUCUUUUAUUCUUUGCUCUCUUGUAAUUUUUCCCAUAUUUGAAAUAGCCUUCAGUUCCACAACGACCAA